GAAGAUACAAGAAAAUCAAUGAUAAAUGGUGUUUGGAGUUCCCAGUGAAAAUUCAUAAUGGAAUCAGUAACCUUUGAAGAUGUCAUAAUAAACUUCACCCAGGAAGAGUGGGCCCUACUUGACACAUCUGGGAGAAAGCUGUACAAAGAUGUGAUUCUGGAAAAUAUCAGCCAUCUGGUAUCUGUUGGCCAUAAACUCUGUAAAUCAGAUGUGAUUUUCCAUUUGGAAGAAGGUGAAAUGGUGUGGAUGGUGGAAGGAAGAGGAUUUCCACAAGGCCAAAGUCCAGGUCGGGAAGUUGCACAUAAAAUGCAAGAAAUCAUACCCACACAACAGAUCAGUAGGGAGGACACACCCACUGUCAUAUCAAUGAAGCAGAAAUCUCGUACUCAAGAAGAUCCAUCUAAAUGGAAUAAUUUGGCAAAAAAUCUUACUAAAAGCUCUACAUUGGGUCAAAAUAUGUUACCUCAAACAGAAAACAAAUCCUUUGUCAGCAAACAAUGUGGAAAAUCCUUUAGUAAUUACUUGCAUCUUAAUCAACACCAGAAAAAUCAAAGUAGUAAAAUAUAUGAGUGCCAUCUGUGUGGGAAAGCGUUCAGUCAAUCAGCUAACCUUAGACAACAUGAGAGAACACACACUGGAGAGAAACCAUAUGAAUGUCACCUGUGUGGGAAAGCUUUCAGUCAUUCUUGUUCCCUUAAACAACAUAAAAGAAUACACACUGGAGAGAGGCCAUAUGAAUGUCAUCUGUGUGGAAAAGCCUUUAGUCAGUUUUCUUCCCUUAAACAACAUGAGAGAACACACACUGGAGAAAGGCCAUAUGGAUGUCAUCUUUGUGGGAAAGCUUUCAGUCAGUCUUCUUCCCUUAAACAACAUGAAAGAACACAUACUGGAGAGAGGCCAUAUGAAUGUCAUUUGUGUGGAAAAACCUUUAUUCAUAUCUCUGACCUUAGAAAACACAAUCGAACUCACACUGGAGAGAAACCAUAUGAAUGUCACCUGUGUGAGAAAGCCUUCAGUACAUCUUCUAAAUAUAGACAGCAUGAGAGAAUGCAUACUGGAGAGAAACCAUAUGAAUGUCAUCUGUGUGGGAAAGCCUUCAGCAAUUCUUCUUCCUUUAGACGACAUGAGAGAAUACACACUGGUGAGAAACCAUAUGAAUGUCAUCUGUGUGGGAAAGCCUUUAGCAGAUCUUCUGUCCUUAGACUGCAUGAACAGACUCAUACUACAAAGUAAGAAAUAUGUUCAGCCAAUACUCAGGCCUAAAAUGACAUGGUAAUACAUACUCAUGUAAUGAAUUGGAAAGAGUCUGCGAAUAUACUUGAACAAUUUAAUGACAUCUGAGGAUGCCCACUAUCAAGAUACACUCUCUGGAACCAGUGUGGAAGAUCAUGCAGUCAUCCUUACUUUUUUGACAUACAAAAGUUUAUAUGGAAGAGAAGCCAUCUGAAUUCUAUGGGGUGAAUAUUCACUCAGUGGUCUGCCAUAAUAGCAUGAGAUCAAUUACCUACUUCUAAUGAAUAUAUUGAUAGAAGUUUUCAACAACAGAUUUAAAUCUUAAACAUACUAGAGGACCUAUACAGGGGGGGAUCCCCUAGACCUGUAAUUAAUAUGGGAUUAUCUCUGUGUAAAAUGUAUUUUAAUGAACAAACUCUACUUGGUAGAACCCCUUAGACUCUUGUAAUUAAACAAUCAUUCACUCAAGCAGCAGUUUUUGUGUUGGUGUGUGUGCACACACAAACACACACACAAUGAAGGAAUAGCUCUGAAAACAAUGAGAA